GGAACUAACAACAACCAUCUAGCAUGAACCCCAGACUAACCAAGAGCCAGCAGAAAACAAUUUGCUCCCAGUUGGGAAGUGUCAAACUACAGCUACUGUACAAGGCCAGCAUCCAUGGUUUCACCGGCGGAGCCUUCCACCAACAAUGUGACACCCGCUGUCCCACAGUGUCUGUGGGCUAUAACGCCUCCGGUUUUGUGUUUGGAGGCUACACCAAACAACCUUUUAAUCAGUCUGGACAGUACGUGAGUGAUGAGCAAGCUUUUCUUUUCACCUUCAGUGGAGAAAAGCUCCUCAAAUAUCCCGUCACCAGUCCCACCUAUGCAGUGAGAAUGAUAGCUAACUCUGGUCCAUAUUUUGGAGAAGCAUUGGCUCUUGUCAUUGGAAGCCAAGCAGUAGUGCACAGCAGUCCAGGAAAUUAUUAUAACUUCAAUGCUGCAGAAAUGCACGGCAACGACCUCAACCUGACGGACUGUGAAGUCUAUCAAGUGGAGGAAAGCCCAGAAUUUGAGAAGCCAUGGAGGCCAGUGGUCUGGGAAAAUGAGAAGAGGACAGAGAUGAUGGACAGUAUUAAGCUCUACUGUCCUUUGGCCAGCUCUGUGUCCCAGGUUCGGGUUCUGCUCAUUGGACCAGUUGGAUCUGGAAAAUCCAGCUUCUUUAAUUCUAUCAACUCUGUAUUCAGAGGCCACGUCACCAAUCAGGCCAUCGCUGGCUGCUCUACCACCAGCCUCACGACACAGUUUCGCACAUACUCGGUGAAAGCUGGACGAGAAGGAAAACCUCUGCCAAUCAUCUUGUGUGAUACCAUGGGAUUGGAGGAAAGCACGGGGGCGGGACUUGACAUAGAUGAUAUCGUCAGCAUCCUCAAAGGUCAUCUGCCAGACAGUUAUCAGUUCAACCCCUCUGCUCCUCUGCAAUCGGAGGCCCAUGGCUAUCGUAAGUCUCCAGCGCUCAAGGACAAAAUCCACUGUGUGGUCUACAUCAUUGAUGCUUGCAAGGUCUCCAUCAUGCCCACAAAGCUGGAGGAGAAGCUGGGAGCUAUCCGCAAAAAGGUCAACUCAAUGGGGAUUCCUCAGCUGGUCCUGAUGACCAAAGUGGAUGAAGCCUGUCCUUUUGUUUCACAGGACAUUAAGAACAUAUACAAGAGCAGCUACAUCAAGGAACUGAUGCAGGAGGUCAGUGCUCGGCUCGGUGUGCCUUUGUCCUGCGUUGUUCCGGUGAAGAACUACAGCCAAGAAUUGGAGUUGGACCUGGACUGCGACAUCCUACUACUCACCUCCAUCAUUCAGAUGCUUCGCUUCGCUGAUAAUUACUUUGAUGAGCUUAGUGACCGAUCCAGCAGCAUUCAAACUAAAGAAUAGAAGCUGCUGUUGAGGCCAGGUCAGACCUCCCUGCAGGCCGGCUACCCUGUUUUCCCCUUCAGUUUGGUUUUCUUUGGUAUUGGACUGUUGCUUUGUGGUAUUUACCUUGUUUUGCCUACAACAACACCUUCACACAUAUACAUUCAUGCAACCAUCAUCCUGCACAGACACUACUGAACCCAUAGACUACAUACCUCAUACUUUAAUUACCGUAUGUUAGU